CUCCCAUUUGCUGCAGCCCAAAUCGGGCAGGCAUUCAGAAAUGAGAUAUCUCCCCGACAAGGCCUUCUUAGAGUCCGUGAAUUUACAUUGGCAGAAAUUGAGCACUUUGUUGAUCCAGAAGAUAAAUCUCAUCCAAAGUACAAAGAGGUUGCUGAAUUGGAAUUUUUAAUGUUCCUAAGGGAAGAACAAAUGUCUGGUCAAUCCGCAAAGAGAAUUCGCCUCGGUGAAGCUUUGUCAAAGAGAAUUGUCAACAAUGAGACUCUUGGUUAUUUCAUCGGUAGAGUAUAUCUUUUCUUGACACGUCUUGGUAUAGACAAAGACCGGUUACGAUUUAGGCAACACCUUGCUAAUGAAAUGGCCCAUUAUGCUGCUGACUGCUGGGAUGCUGAGAUUGAGUGCUCCUACGGUUCGAUUGAGUGUGUUGGCAUUGCAGAUAGGUCUGCAUAUGAUUUGCAUGCUCACUCGGAUAAAAGUGGGGUUCCAUUGGUGGCUCAUGAAAAAUUUUCAGAGUCUAAGGAAGUGGAGAAAUUGGUUAUAACACCGGGUCUGGCAUUCAAGGGGAGUCAGAAGAAUGAGGUUGAAGCACUUGAAGCGAUGAAGGAGAAAGAAGCUUUGAAUAUGAAGGCUGGUCUUGAAUCAAAAAGGGAGGUGAACUUUGAAGUUUGUACACUUGGUAAAACUGUGACUGUUACAAACAAAAUGGUAACUAUUCAGAAGGAGAAAAAGAAGGAGCACCAACGAGUUUUUACACCAUCCGUGAUUGAACCAUCCUUUGGAAUUGGACGGAUUAUUUAUUGUCUCUUUGAGCAUUCUUUCUACAUGAGGCCAAGUAAAGCUGGGGAUGAACAGUUAAAUGUAUUUCGGUUCCCUGCAGUUUUGGCUCCUAUUAAGUGCACAGUUUUCCCUCUGGUCCAGAAUAAAUAGUAUGAAGAUGUUGCUAAAUACAUUUCUAAGUCAUCGACUGUUGCGGGUAUAUCAAAUAAGAUUGACAUUACGGGUACAUCAAUAGGAAAACGGUAUGCAAGAACAAAUGAACUUGGUGUGCCGUUGGCAAUCACGGUAGAUUCAACAUCUUCAGUAACUAUUCGGGAGAGGGAGACUGAAGGCCACAAGACAUGGCAAGAUGUGUGGUCAACUUUUCCCCAUCACUCCUCCGCUUCCACCGAAGAAUGAGUUUCACUCCUUUCAUUGUUCCAUUCUCUAAUAUCUCAUGUAAACGCAACUACGCAAGGAAUUAUUCAUUUAAAAAAAAAAUUGAUAAU